AUUUCUGGGUUGGGGAAGAGGAAAGGAAAGUGGAAAAAAACUGAGAACUUCCUGAUCUCUCUUGCUGUGAGACAUGUCUGAGACUCCUGUUCAGUGUACCAUUAAGCAGGAGAGAAUUUCCUACACCCCUCCAGAGAGCCCAGUGCCAAAUUAUACUUCUUCCUCAACUCCUCUUCAUGUUCCAGUGCCUCAAGCCAUCAGGAUGGAGGAGGACUCUAUCAGACUGCCGGCACAUCUGCGUUUGCAGCCAGUUUACUGGAGCAGGGAUGACGUAGCCCAAUGGCUUAAGUGGGCUGAAAAUGAAUUUUCUCUAAGGCCAAUUGACAGCAACACAUUUGAAAUGAAUGGAAAAGCUCUCCUGCUGCUGACCAAAGAGGACUUUCGAUAUAGGUCUCCUCAUUCAGGUGAUGUGCUCUAUGAACUUCUUCAGCAUAUUCUGAAGCAAAGGAAGCCACGAAUUCUCUUCUCACCAUUCUUUCACCCAGGAAACUCUCUUCAAACACAGCCAGAGGUCAUGUUGCACCAAAACCAUGAUGAAGAUAAUUGUAUCCAGAGAUCUUCAAGGCCACCAGUGGAAAAUAUGCACCACAAUCCUCCUACCAUUGAACUCUUGCAUCGUUCCAGGUCGCCCAUCACCACCAACCACCGGCCUUCGCCAGACCCCGACCAGCGGCCCAUCCGGUCCCCGCUGGACAACAUGAUCCGCCGGCUGUCCCCGUCUGAGCGGAUCCCGGGCCCAAGGCUUCACCAGGAGAAUAACCACCAGGAGUCCUACCCUCUGUCAGUGUCUCCCAUGGAGAACAACCACUGCCCACCCUCGUCCGAAGCCCACCCCAAGCCGUCCAGCCCUCGGCAAGAGAACACUCGGGUCAUCCAGCUGAUGCCCAGCCCCAUCAUGCACCCUUUGAUACUGAACCCCCGGCACUCGGUGGAUUUCAAACAGUCCAGGCUGUCGGAGGACGGACUCCAUAGGGAAGGGAAGCCCAUCAACCUGUCGCACCGGGAAGACUUGGCGUACAUGAACCACAUCAUGGUGUCUGUCUCCCCGCCCGAGGAGCACGCCAUGCCCAUCGGGAGAAUAGCAGAUUGCAGGCUGCUCUGGGACUAUGUCUAUCAGUUGCUUUCUGACAGCCGGUACGAAAAUUUUAUCCGAUGGGAGGACAAAGAAUCCAAAAUAUUCCGGAUAGUGGAUCCCAACGGACUGGCUCGACUAUGGGGAAAUCACAAGAACAGAACAAACAUGACCUAUGAGAAAAUGUCCCGAGCCCUUCGCCACUACUACAAACUCAACAUUAUCAGGAAGGAGCCAGGACAAAGGCUUUUGUUCAGGUUCAUGAAAACCCCAGACGAAAUCAUGAGUGGCCGAACAGACCGCCUUGAACACCUUGAGUCCCAAGAGUUGGAUGAACAAAUGUACCAGGAGGAUGAGUGCUGAAGGAACCAAGGAUCACCUCGGGAUGGAUCAAUGAAAAGGAAAACCAUCCAGCUGGAGUGCUGGAGGUGUGUGGGGGCAGGGUGAAUUGAGGGAAAGCAAAAAGGAAGAAACACAGAAUUGGGAGUUGAGCAGACCAGAAAGGACCCCAGAGCACCUUAGAUAAAGCACCUGCAGCAGCUGGGCUGGUGUUCUGGUAGAGGACCCAGAGCCUGGGACUUAUGUACUAUUUCACUCUCCUUUGGGGAUCUCCCUUGGCCUGUAAUUCCUCGUCCCCACCCCUUUGCCCAUUGUUAGUUUCUGGGUUUGGGGGUUGUUGCUGUUUUUUUAUGAACAUGCAGUUUGACUUUUUCAUAAUUCAUAUAGGGCAAGAUGACAGUUUGCUUUCCUAUGGAAAUAUAUAUAUAUCGAUUAUAUUUUUUUUUUGCAAGUCUCACAAAUCAUGGCAUAAAAAUCCAACCUGACAGGAAAGAGAGUAUGCAAGGUUUCUUUUUUUUUUUUUUUUUUCUACUGUACACAGAAGGUUUGCUUCUGUUGCUCUUGUGUCCUGGCUGCUGGAGGGUGGGGGAAAAAAACUUACUUUAAAAGAAAAAAAUUUUGAAAAGGGGCACUCACUCUUACUUUUUUCCCUUUCCUUCUUUCCUUCCUGUCUGCCUUUGAUCUUUGGACAUCUUUCAGCAUAGUUCAGCGUAGCCUAACAUCUUGGGAAUUUCUGGUCUGUGAAAUAAAGCCAGUGAUCUAAGUGGUAAAAAGUAAAGGAAAAAAAAAAAAGUACCAGCAUUUGGCCACCCAUCUUAAAUAUGCCUUCCGGAGGUUAGGAAUUCUACAGGUGUAUUUCCAAAGGAUAUAUUCUAGGUCCAAAAAACAAAGAACAAUACAGCAUUGGAGAAGGGCACUCACCUAUUUGUCCUUCCAGAUACCACUCCCAAGUUGCCCAAGAUGUCUACAAGCAUUAGGAUUCUGUAUAACACUGAAGAGCAAAAAUAUGAUUAAAAAAACAAACAAACCCAGGAACUUAAUGAAAAAUAUCUUGUAAAGUAGAGAACGUACAGAGAGGAGAGGUUGUAAGGAAACGCCUUGUUCUUCUUGCCCCAUCCUGGGCAUCAUCUUGCCAACAGUUCCAUACCCUAUCUUAUUUUUCCCGUUAUUCAGAGAUUUUUAUUAAUGAUUUCAUAGUGUCUUUUAACCUGUUUUUCCUAUUUGAAUUAGAGCAUUUGAGAUGAAAGGAACUUCCAGGCAGCACUAGCUGCCAGCAAUGAUCUUCUUCUCUUCCCUUUUGGGAUACAUAGUCAGCCCUUCCUUCCUUCCUUUUUAAUGAAUGGGAUAUCUGAACUUGGGACAGGGCUCAUUUAUCAGUCUGUUUCUCUUGGAAAUUAAGUCAGUAAUCUUUUAAGGUGAGGACUGUCUCACCUUUUGAUACUCCAGUUACUAAUAACAGAUGUUUUUUAAAGAAAUGCUAAGGGCAUUUUUGAUUUUCUAGGCAUUUAGAAUUGAAUUCAAUUCAAUUUACUUUUAUUAAGCACCUACUAUGUGCAAGACAUUGUGCUAGGUACUGUGGAUACAAAGACAAACUAAGCUUUACCUUCAAAGAACUUACAUUCUAUUGAGUUUAUCUUAUAAAGGUUAAGCUUUCCAGAAUGAGGGACACAGGCUUUUCUAUCCCCUUCUUCCCCCAUCACAAAUUAAAAAAAGGAAAAAAAAAAAGGCUUCAUUAUUCUCAAGAAUUAUAUCAUUUCUGUGGACUUACUUGUUUUGGGCAGUGCUCUCAUAGCUACAUCAGUGACAGUAGGUGCAGCUGCUAUCUCUAUUUUAGGCACCUGGAAUAUCUGGGCUUUCUCCUCAAACCCCUCCUGCCUUUCCCCACCUUUCCUGCUAGUCAAGUGUGUUCAGGACAUAAGCGUACAGGGUAACAGAAAUCUCUCUUUGGACAAUUCCUAAUAGGGGAACCCAUUGAGUGGACAAAUAUCAAGACAGAUAUUAAGAGCUGACAACAAAUUUAUCUUACAUGUUACUUUGCCUCUAAACACGUCCUAGGUCAAUGCAAAAUCAAAUGACAGCUUUCCCACUUCCAGAAUGAUUAUAUAGGCGUGUAGGCAGGUAGACUUCCUGUCUGUCAAUACAGCAACAUAAAACACUUGGGGUUUUUUUUUGCUGCUUUACUAAAGAUAAAAUGCCAUAUAGUAGUUCACCCCAACAUGGUUCAAGUGCAUACAGAUCUUUUAAGCUUGCUUAGAAGCAACAGCCAGAAAUUUUUCACCCUCGAAGACAAUUGAUAAUGGAGCUCAAAGGAUUAAAUUGAGCCAGGAACUGUACUUAAUAUAUUGUGAAAAUAAUUCAUAUUUUUAAAGACAAGAGAAAAGGCAGAAAUUUUUAUCCAAAGGCAAUAUUUUAUGGCUCUGAAACGGAAAGAAAAUCCUGCUUCUUUGAUUUGGGACAUUAGGUUCUGAUCACUCCAAUCAGAGACAAAUAUUGAGUCUUUUCUUAUCCAAGUGGACAUGUGGCAGAAUUAAAGAGGAAAAGUUCUCUUUUCCUUAAUGCUUUUAUAUUUUCUUGCAUUCUCUGUGGAAAUGCAAAAUGAUAACCAUGUUGAAGAAAUGGCAAAAAGUAUCCAUUUCUGCAUAAUCUCCUUUUGUUGUUUUUUCAUAAUCUGUUAUUAAUCCAGAUGUUUUAUGUAACACUUUUUCCUAAAUGUAGCUGCUAAUUAUGUUCACCCCACAAAUUCCAGCUGAUGGUAUGCUCUAUAAAGAAAGAAAUAGAAUGUUUGAAACCCACUGCAAGUACAGUAUUCACCUGCUCCUACCCUUAAAGGCUUUCUGAUUUUGUGGACGGAAUCUAACUGGUAUGAAAUUAUCUGUCAUUUCUCCCCUACUAGAUGAUACCAGUUAUCAAAUUGUCACGUUGGGCCAAACUUAUUUAACACUGUAAAUAGUUCUGUUCUUGCCUUUCUGCCAUCCCAUGGGGAUUUUUGGCCUGCAAAGGAAGAAAAGAAAAGUAUAGAGGUGAGAGCUACAUGAAAAGAUGUUUCUCCUCUAGUUGAAUCCAAGAAUCUGAGAAUUGAAAUAGCCCAGCCUGUCUCUGACCAAAAAUCCCCCUCUAAUGUCUUAAAAAAUGAAUUGUCUAUUCUCUACCUGAAAGCCUCCAAUAAAGGAGAACCUGCCAUCUCAGUCUCUUACCCACUGUAGGUUCUAAUUUGUCUAGACCCUGUUGUGAACCAAUAGAAAACAAUUAGAUGCUUGUCCGUGUGACAUCAAUCAAUGUUAAAUACUGGUUAUGUGCUAGGUACUGUGCUAACCACUUGAGAUACUAAAAGAAACAAGACAGUCCCUACCCUUAAGGAGUUUAUAAUCUACUCUCUGCUAAUCAUUUUUAUUCCAAUUUUCCCAUUCGCUUGAAGGAAGAAAAAACGAAAGGCAAGUAAGAAAUUGAACAAUUCCCUUUUUUUCACUCUCACCUAUUAAUCAUUCCCACCUUUCUCAGUGUCCUUCCUUUCUCUUACUCCCAAUACGGCUUUUGUUAUUAUUUUCUUUAGUAUUUAUUAUCAAUAUUAGUUCAUUCUGGGCCCUAUGAUUCUGUCAGUUCUUAUAGGAUUGUCUUUUUCAGGUUCAUGCUACUCUGUCAUAUUCAUAGUCAAAUUAAUUACUCUUUCUUCCAUGUUGCAUAUGCCUUCUAAAAAUCUUAAUUAGUCACUUAUUAGUAUAUCCAUGUCAGUUUCUUUUAGAAGCCUGCCAUUUUCUUUCCCGUCAGAAAUAGAUCUGCCUCAUCCUCAAAAUUCCAUUCUUGAGAAUUUUCUAUCCCCCUUGAGUCAACUUUCUUAACAAAAUAUUAGGCCAUUGGAUCUGGACUUUUUGAAAUAUCAUAUCCCCAGAUGUGUUUGGGUGUUUAUUAUAUCUCUGCUUGGCUUUUCUUACCCAUCACUUCACACUUUAUUACAAACUUUCCCCCAAAGUUAUGCUUUAUAUUGCAUUUCUUUCAUCAAUUAAUUCCUCUUUGUUGAUCAGAAUGGCCCAAGAAGGCAGUUCCCCCUUGUUGCUUCUCCACCUUUUGAAAGAUAAACUUAAUUGUCAAGACAAGCUACAACUUAUCAGUUGCUCUCCUCUCAGCAGUAGGAUGCCAGCAGGUGUCUAGAUUGUUAAAGACACCUUUAUUCAAUUUGUCUUUGUAUUUCAAAACAGUACUAUUCCAAAACAGUACUUCUCUAUCUGUCCCUCUAUUGAUUGUUACUCAUAUGUUCUCUACAAUGACUCCCCCCUUUUAACAUUCUUGGAUUUCCCUUGUGAAUAUAACUUCCUAAUAUGCAGUGCGGUUCCACUUUCCCCAUGAUCUGUUCUGCUUUUUUUUGAAUAAAGUAUGCCCUUCCAGAGCCACGAUCCAGUCAUGAAUCUCAUCCCACUCAAUUCCAAUGGAACUGGUAAGGUAAAAUUGGCCUCCCUAGCCCAGCCUAGCCAUAGGACUUCUAAUUUUCAUCCUGCACUUCUCUAACACCCUAUGUUCUUGACAUCUUUAUU